CCUGACAGCUGGAAGAUUACUCACUACCUGAAAGUCAGCCCUGCUCGCGGGAUCCUGUUUUUCCCGUGGUUCACGUGUAACAAUUUGGCUGGGUUGAUACAACGGCCGGGCAAGUCCUUGCAUGCCUCGUGUGACCGUGCCCGCAAAGGCACGGCCCACAAACUCAAGGGUCGUGUGUGCGUGUAAAGAUCAUACAUCGCCAUUGCAAUCACGGUUCACCUGUCGUUUGCUGCCCGCUUCGACACUUGCUACGAUUUGGAUCUGGUUGCAAUCAUACGCCAUUCGUUUCAGAUGGCAGGCAUCCAUCUGCGCUGAAACCUCCCCGACGGCUAUAUGCAUUCGAUUCACUUUGCAUAGACCGCCUGUGCAUAUUGUCCCGCAAAUGACCCUGAUCACGUAUAUAUAUACAUAUACCCAUAGGGACGUCGUCGUGGGUAAGGCCAUCUGCUUGUCUGCGGCCACAGACCUUGGUUGGAUGGGUCAACCGUCUAUUCCUGAGAGUCAUAAUUAUGUACUGGUAUCGUCCAUUAUUUACUGCAAUAAUCAAGCCCAACCACGACGUCGCUGUAACUAGCUGAUCUCGGAACAGUGGCCUCAUACUUCCUCCCGCUC